AUGGCCGGCGAGACGGGCCCGGAGCUGCCGUCUCUGUCGGCCCUCCAGGCCGCCUACGGCUACGGGCACGGCGGGGCGCUGGGCCGGCUCCGCGAGCGCGAGCUGCCCCGGCUSCGAGGUCUACAUUUUUACUGUGGAAUGAUAAAGGAGAAGACCAUGGUCCAGUCUAAUGUAGCCUCUGGCCUGAGUGGGAGGGACAAGGAGGAUAUUCCACAUGAACACAAAAAGAAACCACUUACUGACARACUUGCCUUUCAUUUGUUUGAUAUCACUGAGCCUCUCACUGACAUGAAGCACAAAUUUGGGCCUUCGCAGAAGUUAAAUUUUGUUUUUCUUUCAGGGAUUACUUACCUUGACCAUGCGGGCUCAGCUCUCUUCCCAGAGAGUCUGCUUAAAGCUUUCACGGAUGACCUGCGGGACAACGUUUAUGGCAACCCUCACAGCCAGAAUAUCAGCAGCAGGCUGACGCAUGACACAAUCGAGCAUGUCCGAUACAGAAUAUUGCAACACUUCCACACUUCUGCUGAAGAUUACACCGUCAUCUUUACUUCUGGAUGCACAGCUGCACUUAAACUGGUAGCAGAAGCAUUCCCUUGGAUACCUGAAGGCACAAAGCAGCCCAGCAGUCGGUUUUGUUACCUGACUGACAGCCACACAUCUGUUGUGGGUAUGAGGGGGAUAACUUCCUCAAUGAAUGUGUUAUCUGUUCCAGUAAAACCAAAGGAAAUGUUGUUAUCAGAGAAAAACACGUUACCACCUGAAGAACAAAACUGCACGACGCCUCAUCUUUUCUCUUAUCCAGCUCAGAGCAAUUUUUCUGGUACCAAAUAUCCCCUUUCAUGGAUACACGACAUAAAAUCCGGAAAACUCUGCCCUACUGAAAUACCAGGGAAGUGGUUUGUUCUGCUGGAUGCAGCUUCCUAUGUAAGCACUUCUCCGCUAGACUUAGGAGUUCACCAAGCUGACUUCAUCCCCAUCUCCUUCUAUAAAAUCUUUGGAUUCCCUACUGGUUUAGGAGCGCUACUGGUAAGCAACCGGAUCGCCCCCUUCUUGAGGAAAAGCUACUUUGGAGGUGGAACUGCAGCUGCCUACCUUGCAGGAGAGGAUUUUUACUUCCCCCAAAAAUCYAUAGCUGAAAGGUUUGAAGAUGGCACAGUCUCUUUUCUUGAUAUCAUUGCUCUGAAACAUGGAUUUGAUGUUCUGGAAAGGCUCACAGGUGGAAUGGAGAACAUAAAACAACACACAUUUGCAUUAGCUCACUACACCUAUACCGUGCUGUCUACUUUAAAAUAUGCCAAUGGGGCGCCUGUAGUACGUAUUUAUUGCGAUACAGAUUUCAGCAGUCCUGAUGUCCAGGGUCCAAUUAUUAAUUUUAACAUACUGGAUGAAAAUGGAGAGGUGAUUGGCUUUUCACAGGUGGACAAGAUGGCCAGUCUCUACAACAUACAUCUCCGCACAGGUUGCUUCUGUAACACAGGAGCCUGCCAGAUGCACUUAGGUAUAAGCAAUGAGGACAUCCGAAGAAACCUGCAGGCGGGCCAUGUAUGUGGAGAUGAUGUAGAUGUGAUUGAUGGACGGCCCACUGGUUCUGUGAGAAUAUCAUUUGGGUACAUGUCUACUUUUGAAGAUGCACAGAGCUUUCUGAAAUUUAUCAUAGCCACCAGGUUCUCCAAGUCAGACACUGCAGUUCCCUUCCAGUCCUCUGUUACAAAGCUGCCAACAGAAUCUGUCAAAUCUCCAGUUCAGGAUGACUACUCCUCCUGUAACAACGCAAAUAAAUUGGCUCCAAGAAUGCACAUCUUAGACAGAGACCUCUGGGAUAGUUCACCUGCAGCAGUGAAGACUGUCAAGUGGCAGCCACAGGGGACCGAGACGGAGAGCAUAAGGGCAGCUGUUUCUGAGACAGCAGUACCGACGUGGAGAAGAGGUGGCAAACCCAUUACUGUCACCAACAUUUACCUGUAUCCAAUCAAGUCAUGCUCUGCAUUUGAGGUUGCAGAAUGGCCAGUAGGAAACCAAGGCUUGCUAUAUGACCGUAACUGGAUGGUUGUAAAUCAAAAUGGAGUUUGCAUAACGCAGAAGCAGGAGCCGAGAUUGUGCCUUAUAAAUCCCUCGAUUGAUCUGAAGCAAAAUAUUAUGAUCAUUCAGGCAGAAGGCAUGGACCCGGUAUCUAUAUCACUAGAAGAAAAUCCUGGAAAAGAGGCUGUGAUCUGUGAGAGUAAAGUCUGUUCACACAGGGUAAAAACAUACGACUGCGGGGAGAGAAUUGCUGGCUGGUUAUCUACGUUUCUUGGUCGUUCAUGUCGCUUGAUAAGGCAAAGUUCAGACAUAAAAAGCAAUAAGCAUCAGAAAAAUGCAAAAGGUCUAACACCUGCUACAAGUAUCUCACUCUCUCUUGUGAAUGAAGCACAGUACCUCCUAAUAAAUGUAGCAAGCAUUUCACAUUUGAAGGACCAUAUUUCUGCGAGACUGGAAGAACCAUUGGAAAUACAGGAAUUAAUCCCACGCUUCCGUGCUAACCUUGUCAUCAGCGCUCCGGAGUCCUUUGAAGAAGAAGAAUGGGCUGAGAUUUCAGUAGGUUCUCUGCGGUUUCAGGUUGUGGGCCCGUGUAGCAGAUGUCAGAUAAUCUGCAUUGAUCAACAGUCUGGAGAACGAAACAAAGAAUUUCUGCAGUCUCUGUCUGCAGCCAGGGGUAGAAAGACAAACUUCGGUAUAUACCUGAUAAACCAGCCCUUGUGCUCAUCCUUUCCGGAUAUUUUAUCCGUGGGAUCUGAAGUUCUUCCAGUGUUGAAGGAGAACCCUGAAAUUCAACCCCCACCAUCCAGUGAAGAAAAAUGUUCAGGAUAAUAUUAUCUGUCGGAGGUGAACUUUACAGCAACGCUAGGGAAAGAAAACAGUAGUCAGUU